UAACCAGACACUGCUCUGCUCCCCUCCACCCACCUCCCCACGCUCUCAGUACACACAUUCCCUCUCCGUCGCCUCCUGUAACUUUAUCAGGGGAAAUAGUGUAGUUGCUGCUUCUUCUCGGUAGAAGUGUGAGUCAGAUCAGAGACAGUGGCUGAAGACAAUCUGGUGACUACAUCACCCCCGCCUCCCUCCCCCCCCCCUUUUUUUAAUCUGAAACACCAACUAAACCAGAGUUGCCUGUGAACACAACAGAAUACAUCCAACUAGUCAGAUCCUAGUGUACUUGUCAUGAAGCUCUACUGUACAAGAGGAACUUUGGAUUACAAACCAGUGCAUUCAACAGUCCUGCCAUGAAUGUGAAUCUCUAUAUUUAGGAAUAUCUUCCAGGCUCCCGGAAAUCAUGUCAGUAGGAUCACAUUCAUUCUCCCCAGGUGGUCCCAAUGGGAUUAUUAGAAGUCAAUCCUUCGCUGGCUUCAGCGGUCUUCAAGAAAGACGAUCCAGGUGUAACUCCUUUGUUGAAAAUGCCUCUGCACCUAAGAAGCCCCAAGCAAAGGUGAAGAAAACGCAUAAUUUGGGGCAUAAGAACAGCACCGCCUCCAAAGAGCCCCAGCCUCAAAGGAUGGAAGAGGUCUACAGGGCCUUAAAGAACGGAUUGGAUGAGUAUCUGGAAGUUCACCAGACAGAGCUGGAUAAGUUAACUACUCAGUUAAAAGACAUGAAAAGAAACUCACGGCUGGGGGUGCUGUAUGACCUAGACAAGCAAAUCAAAGCGAUAGAAAGAUAUGUGAGAAGGCUGGAGUUCCACAUUAGUAUGGUGGAUGAGCUGUAUGAAGCCUAUUGUAUCCAAAGACGUCUUUGUGAUGGCGCCAGCAAAAUGAAGCAAGCAUUUGCAAUGUCACCUGCUAGCAAAGCAGCUCGAGAGAGUUUGUCUGAAAUCAACAGAAGUUACAAGGAAUACACAGAGAACAUGUGUACCAUUGAAGGAGAGCUGGAAAACCUACUGGGGGAGUUUUGCAUCAAGAUGAAAGGUCUGGCUGGUUUUGCUCGUCUUUGUCCUGGAGAUCAAUAUGAGAUUUUCAUGCGGUAUGGUCGCCAGCGAUGGAAAUUGAAAGGCAAAAUUGAAGUGAAUGGCAAGCAAAGCUGGGAUGGAGAAGAAAUGGUUUUCCUCCCUCUUAUUGUUGGGCUGAUCUCUAUUAAGGUCUCAGAAGUUAAAGGACUUGCUACUCACAUUCUAGUGGGAAGUGUUACCUGUGAGACAAAGGACUUGUUUGCAGCUCGGCCUCAGGUGGUUGCUGUUGACAUUAACGACCUUGGCACUAUAAAGCUGAACCUUGAAAUUACCUGGUACCCAUUUGAUGUUGAGGACUUGACCCCAUCCACAGGCAAUGCGAACAAGACAUCUGCUCUUCAAAGAAGAAUGUCCACGUAUAGCCAAGGGACUCCAGAAACUCCUACCUUCAAGGAUCACUCAUUCUUUUCCAAUUCGCCAGACGACAUCUUUGAAAAUGGUAUGGCAGGCACGGAGAAAAGACCAAUAUCUUUCAGCUUUGGCGAUAUACCCAAUGGAGAUUGUGCUCCCCCAGCCAUCACUGUAGAUUCUGCCUCUGCCCUUGACCCUUCCAGUCCUGAAAUUACUGUCACACCUCCAGAGCACAAAUCCUCAAAAAACCCAACGAUGGACAGUUCCAGCACACACUCGUCCCUGGACUCUACACCUGAGUCAAAAGACUUGAAGUCACAGCCAGAGCAUACACCAGUACAUGAGAACAAGAAAAGUUCCAGAGUAGCCUCUGAAGUUCACCAAAAGCCUCCAGGCCCUGGGAGUGAUAACCUGUUUAUAGAUUCUAGUGUCCCAGUGUCACUUCUACAGGAGACAGAUGACGUGUCAGAGUUGAAACCGGUGGAACUGGACACCUAUGAAGGCAACAUUACCAAACAGCUGGUAAAAAGGCUCACCUCCGCAGAGGCUCCAAUGACACCUGAAAGGCUGCAGUGUGAGGGAUCAAUAAGUGGAGAAUCAGAAGGAUACAAGUCUUAUUUAGAUGGAAGCAUAGAAGAUGCCUUUCAGGGGCUUCUCCUAGCCCUUGAGCCACAUAAGGAGCAGUAUAAAGAAUUUCAGGACCUGGACCAACAGGUGAUGCAUCUGGACGAUAUUCUCAAAUGCAAGCCAGCAGUAAACCGAAGCAGGUCCUCCAGUGUCAGUCUAACAGUUGAAAGUGCUUUAGAAAGCUUUGAUUUCCUGAACACCUCUGACUUUGAUGAUGAGGAUGGUGGAAGUGAUGAGGUUUGUAAUGGUGGAGGAGGUGCUGACUCAGUAUUUUCAGACACUGAGACUGAGAAGACUAGAUCACUGCUUGCAGCAAUUCUUCUUGUGCCUGAUGUUAGUCAUUUUGAGUUAACGUGCUCUGUCUGCAUGAGAAGAAAAUCGACUCCUUACCCAACCUCCUGCAUUAACAGUUACAGGUCAGAUCACCCAGAAGCCAGAGGGCACCUCAGUGAAGCUUUGACUGAAGACACAGGAGUUGGGACCAGUGUAGCUGGAAGUCCUCUCCCACUGACCACAGGGAAUGAGAGUCUUGAUAUCACAAUAGUUAAGCAUUUGCAGUACUGUACACAGCUCAUUCAGCAAAUUGUGUUCUCCGGUAAAACUCCAUUUGUUGUAAGAAACCUCCUGGAUAAACUGUCCAAGGAGAUCGUAGUAGUGGAGAACCUUGCACAGAUCAGCAGUGAGAACAUGGGGAACAUCAUCUCUGUAACUGAAGCAAUUCCAGAAUUUCAUAAAAAGCUAUCACUGCUGUCUUUCUGGACUAAGUGCAUGGGUCCCACAGGGGUGUAUCAUACCUCUGCAGACAAGAUGAUAAAGCAGCUGGAUGUCACUUUUGCCACAGCUGUGAAUGAAGAGUUCCCAGGACUUGCAGAAACAGUAUUCAGAAUCCUGCUGUCUCAGAUCCUCGACCGAACAGAACCAGUCCUCUCAUCCAGUCUGUCCUCUGAAAUCCUAACGGUUUUUCAGUAUUACAAUUAUUUUGCCAGCAACGGCGUUAGCGACCUUGGAAGCUAUUUGUUGCAACUUGCAAAAGAAGCCUCAGUGGUUCAGAAGCUGCAGACAUUAAAAGAUGAAAAACUGCUACAGAAUAUAACUGAGCUAACCUCCAGCAGUCUUCCACCUCAGCAGGAAAUACUGAGGUCCUUGGCUUUACUUCUGACUGAAAAUAAAAAUGAAAUUGGCGAGGCUGUGACAUUACUCUUGUCAGCUUCAGCAGAAAACAGGCAUUUCAGGGAGAAGGCUUUAAUUUACUACUGUGAAGUGCUAACACAGCCUAACCUCCACCUACAGAAAGCAGCUUGUAUGGCACUGAAAUGCCUUCAGGCUACUGAAAGUAUUAAAAUGCUAGUUACGCUCUGCCAAUCUGACAAUGAAGAAAUCAGAAAAGUAGCGGCUGAAACCCUUCUCUCUCUUGGUGAAGAUGGGCGACUGGCAUAUGAACAGCUGGAUAAAUUUCCUCGGGAAUUUGUUAAAGUUGGAGGCCGUCGGGGGACUGAAGUUGCCACAGCUUUUUAGACUCAAGAUAAUCUGCCUAACAGUUAACAGUCAUUAUGACUAUUCACAUUAAUUGCAACGGUGCUGUAAUUUAACUGCUUUAAAAACAAACAACCUUUUGAAGAAUGCUAAAGAAUGUCCAGAAAGUUAGCAACUUAUAGACUUUUUAAGGGGGAAAAAAAAGUGUAAAUUCCAGUUAUUGAGUUCCUAUUGGCUUUUCUUCCUAGCUUAUGAUGGAACAGUUGUAUGUCAAAGACAAUGCUUCUUCAAGUGCUUCAGAGUAAAUGAUGUAGUUGCAGUAAAUCAUUCUCAGCAAACUUCUAAAAGAUUUUAGAAUUCAGCAUCUUAAUAUUUUUACACAAUUUUGCACUUGUUUUAUUGAAGUUGUUGUUGUGUACUUUUGAAAUGUGAUGCUGCAUCUAAAAAGGAAAAGUAGGGAGCAAACCAAGUGGAGCUACAAAGCAGCUUUCUCUCCACAUUGCGCUAAGUGUUGGAUACCGUGCAAGGUUCCUAGCAGCAUUAUAGCAGCAUGGACCGAAACUCAGCUACCCAGAUCUAUUUUACCGAUGAAACAUAGAUCAAGUUUCUUCAAAUCAAGUUUUGCCUCCAGAAACAACAGGCUGUAAACCCCAGGAGAUGUUAUUUCACUGACUCAUUUUAAAUGCCUCUGCGCUGGUCUUUUAUUCCUCCCUCUCACCCUCCAGUAAUGAACCAUGAUUAAUCCAGGGAUUUGCUUGUGCUGUCAAGCAAUUACGUAGGUUUUACAAAAAUAAAUGGAAGGUUACAUGUGCUCAUUGUUCAAAAAGAAAAAGUGAAUAUAAUACAAUUGCAUGAAUCCCUGAAGCCAUUUUUGUUUCCUAGGUUACAGGAAGGAGUGGGCUACAUGCACUCUGGCUAGUGCAUAGCAGCUUGCUAUAGAGUAAUUUCAGUAUAAAGAAUUAAAGCAAACUAAAGAGGACCUUGGAGCUUUAAAGACAGGGUGCAAAUAAAAGCGUUUCCUCCCCCUCCAACUCCAAGUAUGAAAGACUGAGUGAUUCAAACUAUUGAUUGUAGCCCUUAAGUUACACUCACCUCCUUCUGUUAACUUAACAGAAGAGCAUUGUUGUACUAUAGUACAUCUGACAUGAAAUACUAUUUAGAUGUUAAUUAAAACAUCCAGCUUCUGAUAGACUAUACAGAAAAUGAUCACUAAUAGUUGACUUCAAAAAGAAGCCUUGUGCGCCAAAUACAUUGGCAGACAGUUUUUCUGACUGUGAAUGUUACCAACAAUGUACAUACAGCUGUAUAUUUAUAAAUAUAUAUAUAUAUUAUAAAUAAAUAUAUAUAUAUAUAUUCUUCCUUUAAUUAAAGAUACAUUUGUACAGUCUAAAAUAUUUACUUGUUUACUGAAGGAAAUAGGCUCUUUUUACAGAAGGUUAAAUAAUCAUGUCAUGGUUUUUAUAUCGCAGCUACUGCAUGAGCAGAUUCUCCCAUCAUGUUCUUUUGUUCUGACAUCUGCUUAUUUUUUGCCUUCUAGCUUUGUGACAGUUGUACUCAUAUUUCCUAUCACAUUUAAGUUAUAAUAAAGAAUAUUUUUAAUCACUAAAUACAUUGGUCCAAACUAUAAAAUGUGUGUGCUCAACCUUCUCCAUUGUGAGGACUAAAUAACCUUAAUACACAUUUCUCAGGUUUUUGUCUACACUGGAAAUUGGCCCCCAGCACCAGCCAUCAUUGGCCGCUAAUCACUGUAGCUGUCCCAGGGCACAGCCCAUCCGUUGUGGACAAGGAACGCCUCAGUUCUCAAUGGUGCAACUCCCUUCAGGCUGGCACUGGGGCAAAUCCCCAAAAUAGUUAAUUAAGGUCUUAGUUUGCUACUUGUGGCAGCUCUCUUUGUGCAGUAGGAUGGCUCCAAGGAAACAAUCUGCUAGUAGAGAUUCACUGUUGUACUGAUGUACUAUCAUGAAGGUAUUUCAUAAUAACAUCUGGGGAAGGGGUUACUAGUUCUGUUUUAACAGGUCUUGUCUCCACUACAAAAUUAAUACACAACUUUGAAAAGUCUAGUUAAAUAACAAUGCUAUCUACUACUUUGCAAUUAGCGUAGCCAAGGGGAAGUCCUGUUCAGCAUCAUGUCAGCGAAUCAUGGUUAAACCUUGGUGCAACACUACCUAAGUGCUCUGGUUUUCACUACAUCCAGGAGUCCUUGGAAACAUGUGAAUGGGGCUGGGCCCCUGUAUUCUGUUAAUUUAGAGUUUUACACAGUACUGCAGCUUCUCAUGGAAUUCAGUGGCAAAAAUUGCAAUGCUAGCUUGUUUUUUUUCCUCUUUUGCCUUUUCAUGGGUGACUAGAUUUGUAGCCCUAAAUUUCUGCUGGCCAGGAGACGCUAUAGUGACAGAUUGUUUUAGUUAUUAAAACAAAAAACACAUACAAAAAAGGCAGAAAAAACAAAGGGAAGAAAAAUCAGCA